UGAACGAAAAUGGCAGCAUCAUGUUUAAGUUAAAGUGAAAUUUUCUUCAACAAAAAUCAAUAAAUCAUUGAAAUCAUAUGGUCUGGCUGGACUAGAUUGUAAUUUUGGUUGAUUGGUUCGCAAACUUUGUGCAAGGAGGCUGCCUCAAAUAAUAAGCAAUGGAUAGUACAAGUUCGUCUGCUGGUGCGUCAAACUCUGAGAAAGAGGGAAAAAGCAAUCUAAACUUAUCGGCCGACGAAUUGAAGGAAGAAGGCAACCAAUGUGUAAAGGCUGCCAACUUUACGGAGGCCAUUCUGCAUUACACACACGCGAUCAAGCUAAACCCAAAUGACCCCAUUCUGUUCAGUAACCGAUCACUAGCUUUCUUAAAAAUGCAGCAGUACUACUACGCUAAUGAGGAUGCAGAUAAAGCGAUAGCACUCAAUCCAACUUGGGCAAAGGGUUAUUACCGAAGGGCAGAAGUACAUGUCGCAGUGGGAGAGUAUGAGACGGCUUUGCUAUCGUAUGCAAAGGCUCUUCAGUUGCAGCCGCAGGAUAUGGGUAUAAUACAGGCAGUACGGAAAGCGGCCGACCUCAGUAAUCAGGACAUUGAGAAAGAAAAACAAACGCCGGUCUUGGGUGCAGGAAUCGGGUGCGUGGUAGGAAUGUGCAUUGUAUUCGCUGAUAUGUUGGUGACAGAAACACCGGCAAUUAAGUAUACUUCUUUAAUGGUUCUGGUGGUACUGGUGGUAGCCGCGAUCGGUUUUGGGAUAGCAAAAUUGAUUCGAUACUACAGCAAACUGCAACGGAAAGGACUGUUGGAGCCUCCAGUAAAUUUACUCGAAGAAUUCCAAACAUCCAAAGAAGAAGGCGCAGAUAAUGGCGAUAUAGGUGAAAUGGAUCAGAAACAGCCCAGAAAUCGAUACUCAAAAGCGCAGGCCAGACAACGCUUCAAGAAGGGAAAAACAUGAUCUGGCCACGAAUUGACCUCCGACUGAAUACUAGUCCCGUGCUAGACCACGAAUGGUUACACACAUUGAAAUAUGAAGGAUUAACAACCGCGAACAAGAAAAAAUCACAAUAUCAAGUUAUUACUUUUCUGUCUGCAACUGCACGUUAUAUGCAGAUCUGCUUCGUCAUCGAAGCAGAUGAAAGUGAUCUGGACUGCGGAGGGAUCAUUUUAUCUUGAGAAUUUUCUAAAACAUUAAGUACCAUUCAAAUUUUACUAGAAGCUACCAUGAUGACAAACGUAACCAUUCUUUAGCUACAAUUUUUUUUAAUAUUCAUUAUGUAGCUUGAAGAUUAGUUUAAUUAAGUAAACUGUAAUAUGUAUUUUUAUUUUCAAAGUAUUUUUAUUUGAAAUUGUUAGAUGUUAUUGAAAGCAAUAGGUAAAAUGAAAAAUAUUGGAGUUUUAAAUAAAUUGACGGUGGUAUGCUGAAAUUUGCAUGCGUUAUGGAAAAA